UUGGUAUUUGUGUUGGGUUGCUUGCAUAUUUUUUUUUACGCUUUUGUAUCCUACAUACUUCUUGAUUUUUCACUGCUUCAAAUAAUUUUAACUAGAGAAAUGAAAUUUGCACAUUUGAAUACCAGAUCUGUUAUACCGAAUUUAAGUGACCUAUCGGCUUAUCUUUUGACUCAUGAUUUCGAUGUUCUAACUUUAACUGAAACUUGGCUUUCUUGUAGCAUUGAUAGUGAUGUUCUACAGAUACCGGGUUAUUCCUUUGUGAGAAAUGAUAGAGAGGGAAGGGGAGGUGGAGUUGCUGCUUACAUAAAACAAAAUUUUAAAUAUCAAAUUAUUUCAAUUGGACAGCAGUAUUCUCUCGGAGCGUUCUGCAACCAAUUGUUCACUGGUCGCCAUCUUGGUGAAUGACAUACGCGAUAGAGACCAGAGCAGAGAGAACACCAUAACUAAAAGCGUCUUUUAAGAACUACUGAGAUGCGAGCGCUAAAUCAAUAGCGGGACACACAUUAUUUGACCACAAGAGAAAUAAUGAAAUAAGGGAGAUAUGUGACAUCCAGGAUGCAGUGAGAUGGGAGAGAAAUCGGUAGAGGCAAUGGAGAGAC